AUGGAACCGCCUCUCCCCUUUAAGACGAGACUCCAAAUCUCCAUCGGCACUUUUGCUGCAAAAGUAUGUGUCCGCUCUGAUGGCACCAUCAACUGCCGUCUCUUCAGCCUCCUCGACCAAAAAGUCAUAGCUCCCACUACCAAAGUCUUCAAUGACGUACCUGUCUCCUCCUCUGACAUCUCCGUCGACCCCUCUCGCAACCUCUGGUUCCGCCUCUUCGUCCCAGACACCAAAUCCUCAGCUGAAACAUUGCCACUCAUUGUCUAUUUCCAUGGAGGUGGAUUCACAUAUUUUGGUCCGGACUCCAGGAGCUUUGAUGCUCUCUGUUGCAACCUAGCAGCUCAGAUACCCGCAACCAUUGUAUCUGUUAACUAUCGCCUUGCCCCAGAACACCGAUUCCCUUGUGCCUAUGAUGAUGGUUUCGACACCCUUAAGUAUAUAGAAGCACAAAAUUAUGCUGUUUUGCCCUCCAAAACUGACCUGAGCAAAUGCUUCAUAGCCGGAGACAGUGCUGGAGGAAACAUAGCCCACCAUGUAACACACAGGGCCUGCAAAGACUCUCACCAGUUUAAGAAAAUAAAGAUUGCUGGGCUGCUAGCCAUGCAACCACUUUUUGGUGGAGAAGAGCGCACUGCAUCAGAACUGAGGCUCACAAGAGUGCCUUUCCUCAAUAUCGAGAGCAUAGACAGGAUGUGGAGGAAUUUCUUGCCCGAAGGUGCUGAUAGAAACCAUAAAGCAGCCAAUGUUUUCAGAGAUGGACCAAAUUUUAAAGCAGCAGCCACAGUGCCGGAGGAUUUUCCAAGCUCGCUGGUAUUUGUUGCAGGGUUUGAUCCAUUGCAGGAUUGGCAGAAAAGGUAUUGUGAGGGGUUGAGGAGGUGUGGAAAGGACGUUUGGUUGGUUGAAUAUCCUAAUGGUAUUCAUGGUUUCUAUAACUUUCCAGAGCUGCCUGAGUCUGCACUAUUUGUUAAGGAAGUGAGACAGUUUAUUCAGGAGAAAUCUAAAUUUUCAACCAAGCAAGAAAUAAGCUAA